UGAGUGAGGUUAACAUAGCAUGUGGGUAUUCCUUCCUACUCCUUCCUUAUUUAUUUACUUAUUUUUACAGUGCAUAGGCUUUUGUAAGGGUUAACGUUUUGAGUGUAAAGACCUGCCUCCCUUAUGACAUCACUAGGCUGUUACACAUCACUAUCCCCAGAGAUGCGCAGAGAAAGAGGGAAGGGGGAGAGGGAAGAAGAAAAGCAUCAAUGAAACUGCCUUCAUUCUGUUCCAGCAGUGUCACAGCCUCCACGCAGCUCAGGCUUGUAAAAAAAAAACAUUUAUUCAAGCAGACCGGGAGAGCUGCUUGGGUUCAGGCUCAAUCUGCAUGCAGUGGUGUAUCUAACUCUCAUACUACUGUAGAGCUGGGUAUAUAUUCCUGUACAAAAACAUUUUGGAAAGGGCUGGUCUUUCUGGGAUGGCAGGGGCUCAUUAUAUAAUGUGGAUGAAGCAUUAGGGAGAGAGAUCUAUUUCAAGAGCCUUUCUAAAAUGAUUUUCUCAGCCCCUGUCAUUGCCCUUGGAGCCACUUUGGGGACAGCGUCGGGUAUCCUUGCUAUCUGUGGACUCUCGCUCCUCUGCAAGUCUUACAAAAAAGGAAUCUCAGAAAAAGACCAGGAAUCGGAAUUGGAAAAGACCCAACCCAGUGUGGUCCAUUGUGCACAGCAGUUCAGCGUUAAGAAGUCCACAGAGCCCAUCCAGCCCAGGACUCUGUUAAAGUUUCCCAGAAUCUACAGGCCCAAACCCUUGGUGACAUCAUCGGAGGUGAUCAACUCCACAGACAACACCUUGGAAUCAACAGACAAGCCUUCAGCUGAAAACACAGCAGAGCCUGACCACAGUUGCCUAGCAACUGAUGGCUCUGAAGAGGUCUUUAUCAUCCCCAGGCAAGAUUCCAAGGAAGCUCUUGCCUUAUCUGGGGAUCUGAAGAAAGAAACAGAAGCCGACAACACAACCCCGAAUCCGAAGCUACACUUCUCUCUCCAAUACAACACCCAGACAUUAGAGCUACAUGUCACAGUCAUCGAAGCUGAGAACAUCAGCGAAUUGCAGGGCCACGAUUGCUACAUCACUGGACACCUGACCACUAAGUCUGGAAGGAGGGAGUCCCUGACGUCAAUCCGCCGCGUGACGCCCCACCUGCUGUGGGAGGAGACCUUGGUGUUUCCACUGCCAGAGGGCUACGGGAUCGAGGGAGAGAUCACCCUGUCCCUCUUCAACUGUGACAAGUUCUCCCGACACACUAAUACGGGAGUGAUGAGGUUCAAACUGGCUGACGUGGGCAUGCUGUCAGACGCAGACUGCUGGGUGGACCUGCAGCAUCCCAAACAGGAUCCUGCCGUUUCUGUGGGCGAGAUUCUCCUCUCCAUCAGCUACCUCCCGGCUGCAAACAGACUGGGUGUUGUGGUCAUGAAAGCGAGAAGCUUGCAGUCAGACAAGCUGAAGGAUGUGAUCGAUUUGUCUGUGAAGCUGGCUUUAAAGCAUCAGUCCACGAAGCUGAAGAAAAAGCAGACGAGGAGGGUGAAGCACAAGAUGAACCCUGUGUGGAACGAGAUGAUGAUGUUCGAGGUUCCCCACGAGCUGCUGUCCCAGUCCAGCUUGGAUCUGGAGGUGCUGAACCAGGCCUGUGUGGGGGACGUCCAGUCGCUGGGGCACUGUGCUGUCGGGAUGCAAUCGACAGGUACCGGGCUCCAGCACUGGCAGCAAAUGCUGAUUAACCCCAGGAAACAGCUUGCCAUGUGGCACCCUCUGUAUGAGUGAGAACACCCAGGAAGAGCCCCAGCAGAGACUCACACUACUGCAAAACCACAAUGAAGAUUCAUAGCAGUAGGGGUUUACACCAGAAAUAAUAUCAUUCACAUACUCCCAAAUCAAACUAAAUACCAUCACAAAUAAUAAUCAUCUAUCUAUCUAUCUAUCUAUCUAUCUAUCUAUCUAUCUAUCUAUCUAUCUAUCUAUCUAUCUAUCUAUCUAUCUAUCUAUCUAUCUAUCUAUCUGUGUGUGUGUGUUUGUGUGUGUGUAUUACGUACAGUCUUAUAUCCACAUCUGUAAAAUUGAUGAAGUUGUGAAUACUGUUUACCAUGCUGUAUUUUUUCCAAACACAACCCCACAAAGGAAUGCAUAGGCAAGAUUUAUAAAGAUCUCCUACGUACUACUAAAAAGUAAGAAAAAGUAAUUUAUCAGAACAGGCUUUAGCCUCAUCCUGGGUUUAUCCUGUGAAUUUCAGUCAGCAGGUUGAGUUUUACCCAAAGCAUUCCUCUCCACACCAAGACCAGAUCUUUAAAUUAGCAAGCGAGUGCACUGAAUCACCCCGUCAUUCACCCUUCACCCUUGACGCACCAACCUUGAUUGAUGGACCAGUAACAUUUCAAGGGGACUCAAUUGAAAACAGUGUUCUUUACUAUAGCUUGGAUAAUACUGAGCAUUUAAUAGUGUUCUCCAGCUCGUGGUAUGCAUAUAGCACAAUGAUCCUGUUAAAUAAAUACUGGUACCUAUUCCUGCAUGGAUAUUAUACAAUGUCAUGCAAAAUAUAUAUCACAUUCUAAAGACAAAGCACAAUAUAUGUAUGUUUAAAAUUGAAACUGCAUGGACUUUUGAAAACUGUUAGCUUGAUAACAGUACAACUAUUGUAUAAUGCAGAUGUAAGCAGUGCUGCUGUCAUUCCAAUAAAUGCUGUGUUUGUUGUUUUUUUUUUAAAUUCAGAAAGGUCUUAUUUUUUAAUGACUAGCAUAUUCAAUAAAACUUGUGGGAUACAACGUCAUACAAAG